UAGUCGUUUUUUUUCUGUCUAGUCGUGUGUGUGCCGCUCGAAUAUGCUCGCGUCGCAUUAGAGCGUAUUUUCUCGCGAGUUUUAUUCGAUACUUCUCGCCCGCGUCUGGAACUGGAUCGCCGCUUGGAAUCUCUGUCGUUUCUUUUUUUUUGCUGUUGCGGACGAUCGAAGCAGGUCGCGCGAAUGCGAACGAACAUCAUGGCGCUGACGAGGAUGCAGAAGAUCGGCAUCGCGGGCGGAUGUCUGUUUUUCACCGGGAUACUGCUGAUGACGGCCAUCAUGCCGGCCCUGGUCAAGACCUUCAUCAAACAGAAAGUGGCCCUGAAGCCCGGCUGGCAGAUGCGCAACCUCUGGAGCAAGCUGCCCUUCCCCAUCUACUAUCAGUUCUACGUGUUCAACGUGACGAAUCCCGAACAGGUGGCCGAGGGUGAGAAGCCCAUCGUCCAGGAGGUCGGCCCCUACACCUACGACGUCUGGCACGAAAAGAUCAACAUGAUCGAUUACGAGGAGGACGACACGGUCUCGUUCACCGUCAAGAACACGUUCUUUUACAAUCAGCAGAAGAGCGGCGCCUUGACCGGCGACGAGGAGGUAAUAGUGCCGCGCUACUUCGUCCUCGGCCUCGUCAACGCCAUACUCAGGAUCAAGUUCAACGUCAUGCCCUUCAUCGACGACGCGGUGCAAGCCCUGUUCCGCAAGCCCGAGUCCCUGUUCGUCAAGGCCAAGGUCAAGGACAUCCUGUUCACGGGCAUGCCCAUCGACUGUCGCGAGGUGUUCAGCGGGCCCGGCGCCCUCGUCUGCAACGAGAUCCAGCUCAAGUGGCGGGAGUACCGCAUGACCAAGUACGAGGACAACUACUACGGCAUGUCGCUGUUCGGCUGGAUGAACGGCACCGACUCCAAGGACCGUCUCAGGGUCCGUCGCGGCUCCGGCAACUUCAUGCAGGUGGGCGAGGUCGUCGAGUACAACGGCAAGGAGGCCCUGGACGUCUGGCAGGACGAGCGCUGCGACGCGUUCAACGGCACCGACGGCACCAUCUUCCAUCCGUUCUACGAUCAGUCGGGUCGCGACGAUCUCGUCAGCUUCAGUCCGGGCAUAUGUCGCAGCAUCACCUGCAAGUUCGACGCCAAGACCGAGUUCGCCGGGCUGAAGACGCUGCGCUACAUCGGGGACAUGGGCACCGAUCCGGAUCACAACGAGGCGGACAAGUGCUACUGCGAGGCGCCCGACGACUGCCUCAAGAAGGGCGUCUACGAUCUGUACAAGUGCGCGCACGCCCCCCUGCUGGUGAGCAAUCCGCACUUCUACAACGCCGAUCCGUACUAUCUGAAGGCGGUGGAGGGUCUGGCGCCCAACAAGGACAAGCACCAGAUGUACGUGGACAUGGAUCCGUUCUCGGGGGCGAUACUCAACGCCCAUCUCAGGGUGCAGUUCAACAUGAUCAUCACCAAGGUCGAGCAGUUCAGCCUGAUGAAGAACUUCCCGGCGGCUCUGCUGCCCCUGCUCUGGCUCGACGAGAACGUCGAGCUGCCGGAUUUUCUCCUCGAGGAGGUCCUCUCGGGACACAGGCUCUACAGCAUCGGAGUAGCCACCGAGUACAUCAUGAUACUCAUCGGCCUGGGCAUGUGCGGCUACGCCGGCUACAAGUACUACAAGGCCCAUCGCUCGUCCAAGCUCGAUCUCAAGGACAUCAAGAUGGCCACGAACACGCUGGACAUCAGCCGCAGGCCGACCAUCAUCAAUCCCACGCCGGACUUCGAGACGAGGGUCGGUGGAUGAUGAUGAUGAUCGAUUCGAGAACGACGACGGCUGCUAUAUCGAUUGUUGUGUCGCGCAAAGGAAUUGCCUAUUAUCGAUAAUAAUACAUCGUUGGUGCUUACGAGGACUAUCCCUUUUGAGAUGAAAUAAAAACGGGUUCUUACAUCGGAAAAAUGUUACAUGUUGCAAUUUUAAACGAGAAAUUUUCUUCGUAUGCACCUGCGAUAUAUAAAAGAGGAUCGAGAUCGAGAUUAUGCUGCCCGAUGAUAGGCAAUCCAACGUAAAACAUUACUUUUUUCCUAUUAUUACUUACCUUUAUCACGUCAUUUAAUUAAUCUAAGAGUAUUAUUAUUAUAAUUAUUAUACUUUACUGUAAACGAUAAUAGUUCCGUAAGCCUUUGGAAUGGUAACAUAUUCAUUUGUCGAAUGUAAGAAAUAAAAAAUCAUAAAUUUCGUGUUUCGGAAAAA